UUGGACACUUGCGGAGCUAUUAAUAUCUGGAAGGAAGAGCGCAGCUCAAUGGAUAUAAUGGUGGAAGGGCCAAGAGCUGCGCAAGUAGCAGACUUGCUCCAUGAUCGGUGCAUACCAUACGCUGUUGCUAUCAGCGACGUCGGUGCCCUCCUUGAUCGCGAACAAGGAUGCACCAAAUCAAGGAGGAGCGCUUGUGGACUAAGACGGUGCAUGGAUUGGAAGAACUAUCAUCGCCUAAAUGUCAUUUAUGACUUUCUGGAUAAUCUGGCAAGAGAAUGCCCAUCUUUAUGUACAGUAUGUACAAUUGGGAGGACAGUAGAAGGGCGCGAUAUCAGGCUCUUGAAAAUAUCAAACGGGUGCUGCAACAAUGUGGGUGUGUGGUUAGACGCCGCGAUCCAUCCCCGCGAGUGGAUCAGUACAGCCGUAGUUACUUAUGUCGCCGACCAGCUCGUCAGGACUUUCGAUCAGCAACCUUCGUACAUAACUAAUAAAGAUUGGUACAUAUUGCCAGUUGUAAAUCCGGAUGGAUACGAAUAUACACAUACACAUGACCGUAUGUGGCGAAAAAAUCGAGCACGUUACGGUGACUGUUGCGGUGUAGAUCUGAACAGAAACUUUAGUUGUGGUUGGGGCGAACGAGGCGAAGAAGGGUCUUCAGAGGAUCCAGGAAACAUUUUUUAUAGAGGUCCAGAACCAUUUUCGGAACCAGAAACUUGUGCUAUCAGAAACGCUAUUUGCGAAAGUGACACUAAGUUCAAGGUGUUCCUGUCAUUUCAUAGCUAUGGUGAGGUGAUAAUUUUCCCAUGGGGUUACACUGCUGAUCCUUGUCCGGACUACGUUCAGAUGCUGGAGGCUGGCACAGCUAUGGCUAAGGCCAUACAAAAAGCCAGCGGCCACACUUACAAGGUGGGCAGCACAAAAGAUCUCAUGUAUUACGCAUCUGGAACAAGUACUGAUUGGAGCUACGCUGUCGGUAACAUUCCCUACUCGUAUAUGGUGGAACUAAGAGGCAAAAGACAUCGCUUUCUUCUACCAAAAGAGGAAAUUGUUUGCACGGCUGUCGAAGUUUUAUGCGGCUUAACGAAGUUGAUGGAGUAUGUUGACAAACGCUGCUGCAACCAGCCAUGCCAGCCAUCACCAUGUGAAAAUGAUCAACCUUGUCGACUCUCCAGAUCCCAAUCCUGUAGAAGUUCAAAAUCAUAUAACUGCAAAGGCACUGGAUCUUGCCGAAGCUCUCGAUCCCAUUCUUGCCGCAGCUCCCACUCACAGUGCUGCGAAAGCUCAGACUCACAGUGCCAAAUCCCAUCAAAAUCUUGCAACUUCACCUAG